GUGCCGCCAUUCGUGGCCUCGGCUGUCAAUCACCGGGUCCUAGCCGGUGAUUUCUCGCUGGCACCCGGUGAUCACCGAGUAUCUCCGACAGGGGAGAGACCUGUGUAUAAACAACACAGAUCUCUCCCCUGUCAGCUCCUGCACACUUCUUUAUAUGGCUCUACAAAGCAAUGUGCUUACAGUGAAACACAGCACACAGCCUCAUAGUAAAACAGCACACAGUUACCCCUUUGAUCGCCCCACAUGUUAACCCCUUCCUGCCCAGUGCCAUUAGUACAGUGUCAGUGCUUUUUAUUAGCACUGAUCACUGUAUUGGAGUCACUGGGGAUGUUAGUGACACCAAGUCAGUUCCCCCCAGUGUCAGAAUGCCCGCCACAGUCCUGCAGUCCUGCUAUAAGCUGCUGA